AUGAUUCAAGACAAGCUUCAUGAAAACCCUGACAAUAUUGAAUGUAUUGAGCAGGAGAGAAUUGUCAGGGGUAAAGUUCAGAGGGCUAAGAAGUGUGUUCAGGGCAUGCUUCAACAACAAGCAAAACUGAAGUGGCUUAAGUGUGGUGAUGAGAACACUAAGAUUUUUUAUCAGGCCAUUAAAGCAAGAAGAAGGCAGAAUAGAAUACAUGCUAUUCACAAUGAACAAGGUGAAUGGGUGGAGAAUCAUGAUAAGGUCUCUAAAGCUUUCCUGGAAUACUACAAAAAUCUUUUUACUGGCAAGGAGCAAAGACAAGUUGUCUUGAGUCCAUUGCUUGCAAGAGGAAAGUCUAUUACUGAAGAGCAUAAGAGAAUUCUUAUGUGCCCUGUUGAUAAGGAAGAUGUGAGAAGAGUCAUGUUCAGCAUACCUGAUGAUAAGGCCCCUGGGGCUGAUGGCUUUAAUAGCUGUUUCUAUAAGAAGUGCUGGGAGAUUGUAGGGGAUGAGGUUACUGAGGCCAUCCUUGACUUCUUCAAGACUGGAAAAUUGUUGAAGUUCUGUAAUAGGAAAGCUACUAGAGCUUGCUGCAUGAUGAAGCUUGAUCUCAAGAAGGCCUAUGAUACAUUGAAUUGGCAAUUUCUGCAGCAAAUGAUGGAAGGAGUGGGCUUUCCUGAUGAGUUUGUUCAUCUCAUUAUGACAUGUGUGACUACUCCUAGGUUUUCAAUUAUGGUUAAUGGGGCUCUCUCAGACUUGUUUGGUGCUAAGAGGGGUCUCAGACAAGGAGACCCUAUGUCUCCUUUACUUUUUGCCCUUUGUAUGGAUUAUCUGGCUAGAGUGAUUGACUAUAUAGGAGAACAAGAUGGCUUUAAGUUUCAUGCUAAGUGCAAAGUCAUGAAAUUAGCUCAUCUAUGUUUUGCUGAUGAUUUAGUUCUUUUUUGUAAUGGUGAUUUUAGAUCCAUUUAUACCUUGUUGCAAGGUGUUCAAAUGUUUUCUAAUGUCUCUGCAUUGGAGGUUAAUUAA